GAAAUGCACCUUCGAUUCCCCUCCAAGAAGUUAGUUAUAUAUGGCCACUCCAAAGGGGGCUGUGAUAUUGCACUGGCGCUGAUCAAGUACCCCGAGCUGCAAGAGCAUAUGUACGGAGUCAUCACUAUGCAAGCCCCCUACAAUGGUUCCUAUAUGAUUGAUUGGGUGGUGAAUAAUCCUGUGGACAAGGCUGCUACCAAAGUAGUCGAGACAUUGUUUGCGGGUGAGAAAGCGGCAUACGAAGAUCUGGCGUACCCCUCGAGGAAGGCGAUCAGAGAACAAUACGAAUUCGACGGCAGGAAGAUCCCCACAGUGAACAUGUGCACGUACGGGGGGUUUGAACUAAAGAAGGAGAACCUGGAUACAAUCAAUGAACUAGCCGGGUUGGGAUCAAUGAGGUUCUGCCACGAUGUUAUUAUGAAAGCAGUAGGCACAAAGAACGAUGGAAUGGUAGCACCCGCAGACGGGCGAAUGCCGGGGGCCAGUCUGGUGUAUCUGGAGAAUAUGUACCACACUGAACCAGCCAUGCAGAUGCCGGGUACGGAGUACAAGAACGGAGCCUUAUCACAGGCACUCCUUGCCUGUCUUUUAGAGAAGAUAUCUCGAGAAGGCACAAACACCACAUAAAUGCGCUUGAUGUGAACAUAAUGCUUGUUAUGAACGUAAUUGUGCAUGCUAAUACAGGCUCAACAGAAGUAGUGUAUACACACUUGUGCCGUUCAAGAUGAUUAGGAUUAGAUUAGCCCGACGCUGGAAUAAAUAUCCAUACAUGGAAACCA